AGAUUCUCAGGUUGAUACACUGCUCCCUCCCACAACCCUGACAUGUAUAUAAACUCUGAGCUCUCCAAAGCCCACUGCCAGUUCUCUUCGUGGACUAACUGCAAUGGAGAGACUAAAAAUGAUUCUUUCCUUACCCAUAUUUUCUCUCUUCCUGCUCUUUGUUGUUAACCCUGCAGACACCAACGGUUAUUAUGACAAAGUUUUGGCUCACAGCCGAAUCAGGGGCCGGGAUCAGGGCCCAAAUGUCUGCGCCCUUCAACAGAUUUUAGGCACAAAAAAGAAAUACUUCAGCUCUUGUAAGAACUGGUAUCAAGGUGCCAUCUGUGGAAAGAAAACGACAGUGUUAUAUGAAUGUUGCCCUGGUUACAUGAGAAUGGAAGGAAUGAAAGGCUGCCCAGCAGUUAUGCCUAUUGACCAUGUUUAUGGCACACUGGGCAUAGUAGGAGCCACCACCACCCAGCACUAUUCUGAUGUCUCAAGACUAAGAGAAGAGAUCGAAGGAAAAGGAUCAUUCACUUACUUCGCACCGAGUAAUGAGGCUUGGGACAACUUGGAUCCUGAUAUCCGUAGAGGUUUGGAGAACAAUGUAAAUGUUGAAUUGUUGAAUGCUUUGCAUAGCCACAUGGUUAAUAAGAGGAUGUUGACCAAGGACUUAAAAAAUGGCAUGGUUAUCCCUUCAAUGUACAACAACUUGGGGCUUUUCAUUAACCAUUAUCCUAAUGGGGUUGUCACCGUUAACUGUGCUCGAAUCAUCCAUGGGAACCAGAUUGCCACAAAUGGUGUUGUACAUGUCAUUGACCGUGUCCUUACACAAAUUGGUACUUCAAUUCAAGACUUCAUUGAAGCAGAAGAUGACCUUUCAUCUUUUAGAGCAGCUGCCAUUACAUCUGACUUACUAGAGGCCCUUGGAAGAGAUGGUCACUUCACCCUCUUUGCUCCUACCAAUGAGGCUUUUGAGAAACUCCCACGAGGUGUCCUAGAAAGGAUCAUGGGAGACAAAGUGGCUUUUGAAGCUCUCAUGAAGUACCACAUUUUGAAUACCCUCCAAUGUUCUGAGGCCAUUACGGGAGGAGCUGUGUUUGAGACCAUGGAAGGAAAUACAAUUGAGAUAGGAUGUGAAGGAGACAGCAUAACAAUAAAUGGAGUCAAAAUGGUGAACAAAAAAGAUAUUGUAACAAAUAAUGGUGUGAUUCAUUUGAUUGAUGAGGUCCUCAUUCCUGAUUCUGCCAAACAAGUUAUUGAGCUGGCCGGAAAACAGCAAACCACUUUCACAGACCUUGUGGCCCAAUUAGGCUUGGCAUCCUCUCUGAAGCCAGAUGGAGAGUACACUUUGUUGGCACCUGUGAACAAUGCCUUUUCUGAUGACACUCUGAGCAUGGAUCAACGCCUUCUUAAAUUAAUUCUGCAGAAUCACAUAUUGAAAGUAAAAGUUGGCCUUAAUGAGCUUUACAAUGGACAGAUACUCGAGACCAUUGGAGGCAAACAACUCAGAGUCUUUGUGUAUCGCACAGCUGUCUGCAUUGAAAAUUCUUGCAUGGUGAGAGGAAGCAAGCAAGGAAGAAAUGGUGCCAUUCACAUAUUCCGAGAGAUCAUCCAGCCUGCAGAGAAAUCCCUCCAUGAAAAACUAAAGCAAGAUAAACGCUUUAGCAUCUUCCUCAGCCUACUUGAAGCUGCAGACUUGAGAGAUCUCCUGACACAACCUGGAGAUUGGACCUUAUUUGCUCCAACCAACGAAGCCUUCAAAGGAAUGACUAAUGAAGAAAAGGAAAUUCUGAUCAGGGACAAAAAUGCUCUUCAAAACAUCAUCCUUUACCACUUGACCCCAGGAGUUUUCAUUGGAAAGGGAUUUGAACCUGGCGUUACUAACAUUCUGAAGACCACACAAGGAAGCAAAAUCUAUGUGAAAGGAGUAAAUGAUACCCUUCUGGUGAAUGAAUUGAAAUCCAAAGAAUCUGACAUAAUGACAACAAAUGGUGUCAUUCAUGUUGUAGAUAAACUCCUCUACCCAGCAGACACACCUGUUGGAAAUGAUCAGCUUCUGGGAAUCCUUAAUAAACUGAUCAAAUACAUCCAAAUUAAGUUUGUUCGUGGCAGCACCUUCAAAGAAAUCCCCAUGACUGUCUAUACAACUAAAAUUAUAACCAAAGUUGUGGAACCAAAAAUUAAAGUGAUUCAAGGCAGUCUUCAGCCUAUUAUCAAAACUGAAGGACCUGCAAUGACAAAGAUCCACGUUGAAGGUGAACCUGAAUUCAGAGUGCUUAAAGAAGGUGAAACCAUAACUGAAGUCAUCCAUGGAGAGCCAGUUAUUAAAACGUACACCAAAAUAAUUGAUGGAGUGCCUGUGGAAAUAACUGAAAAACAGACCCGUGAAGAAAGAAUAAUUACAGGUCCUGAAAUAAAAUACACUAGGAUUUCUACUGGAGGUGGAGAAACAGUGGAAGCUCURAAUAAAUUGUUGCAAGAAGAUACACCUGUGAGAAAGUUACAAGCCAACAAAAGAGUUCAAGGGUCUAGAAGACGAUCGAGAGAAGGUCGUUCUCAAUGAAAAUCUAAAAGCUAAUCAAUACAUAUAGAACCCUAAGUCAACAACCUGAACUUAAAAGGAAGACUAUGAGAGCCAAUUUAACUUCGGGAACUAAAACAUCAGCACAAGACAAAUCAUGGAACAAUUCUGAACACACGUUGAAUUCUUUUAUUGUUUUGUUUUGUUUUCUAAAUGAAAAACUUGAGAAAAAUGGUGGGAUUAGCCUCCUGUGGGAUAGGAACUGAAGGAAUAUAGUACCUUAUACGCUUUUUUAUCCUGAAAUUAAGAGUUCUGACUAAAGUGGGAAUCCAUGAAAGAAAAUCCUUGUCACUAGAUUCAUUGUGACUCAAAUCUAAGAGUGGUGAGCUGUUAUCUCAUUGAGAAGAUUGAUCGUUGAAUGUACCUAAUGGUUAAAUCGAAAGCAUGCAAACAGUUACCUCUCCAUGGGAAGCUAAGUUAUAAAAAUGGGUGCUUAGAUAUCACAAACAAACAAACGAAAAUACUUUUACUUCCAAAGGCUUUACACAUUUCUAAUAAUGUAGGUUUACUGGUAAAUUAUGUUAUUUUUACAACUAAUUUUGUACUCUUGAAAUGUUGUCAUAUGCUUCUUGCAAUACAUAUUUUUUAUCUCAAACAUUUCAAUAAAACAAUUUUUUUUCAGGUAUAAAGAGAAUUACUUCAGUUUGGGUAAUUCAGAAAACUCAAGGUAUAAGUUAAAAAUCAGUUUGGACUUGGGAACAAAACUUUAUACCUCUUUUAUUGUUAACAAUUACUCAAUAAAGGAAAUUGAAUGAAAU